AUGGCGUCGAACGACAUCCUCUGUGCCUCGGUGGAAGACCGGACAUUUGGUCCAUGGGCUCAGCAAUGCCGUGGAGCAUUUGAUUUCACUCUCCUCUUUGAGGAGAGCAUCCUCACAUUGGUACCGUUAUGCAUUAUGAUCCUGCUUGCCCCGUUCCGAAUUGCAUAUCUUUUCAAGAAAAAGCGGAAAGUCGAGGACACCCCCUUGGUUCAUAUGAAAAUUACGUCUCUCGCAGCAUAUUGUGGAUUGCAGCUUUUGCUUGUAAUUCUUUGGACCCGUCCCGAUGUCACCAGAACUCAGCUCUCAAUAGCAGUCAAUGUCUUGACGCUCGUUGGUUCCAUUCUAUUCAUCCUCCUCUCGUACGCGGAACACUUAUACACGACGACGCCGUCUUUGAUGCUCAACGUAUUCAUCUUCUUCACACUUAUUUUUGACGUUGCUCGAGCAAGGACUCUAUGGCUGCGAGACGCUAAUGGAACCGGCGAAAUCAUUGCUUGGGGCUUCACGGCCACGGUUGCUUUGAAAUUUGUCAUCUUGAUCCUGGAAGUUACCGAAAAGCGAUUUAUGCUCAAGCCUGAGUACAAAUCCUACCCUCCGGAAGCCACUGCUGGUAUCUUCAACCGAAGUUUCUUCGUUUGGCUGAACGCUCUUUUCUGGGAGGGAUUCUCCAAGCUGCUCUUCGUAGAAGAUCUAUACGAGCUCGACAAACAUCUGCUCUCAGAGCGCAUUCAUCAGCGCAUGAAUGACGCAUGGGAAAAAGUCAAAUCGAAGACGCCAAACUCGUUGCUCAUGGUGACUUUCAAGACGCUCAAAUGGCCAAUCUUGUCCAUCGCAUUCCCGCGUCUCUGCUUGAUCGGCUUCCUCUUUGCUCAGCCGUUUCUGUUGAACAAGGCGAUUCUGCUUGCCUCCGAGCCGAUUACCGACGACACGACGAACCAAGGAUACGGGCUUAUUUUCGCUUAUGUCAUAGUAUACGUCGGCCUGGCUGUUACCAUGGGCCAAUACCAGCAUUUGACUUACCGAGCCAUUACCAUGGUUCGUGGUGGGUUGAUCUCCAUGCUCUACCGGAAGGCAACGGACAUCAACAUCCAGGACGUCGACCCAGCCUCCUCCAUGACCCUCAUGAGUGCUGAUAUUGAACGUAUCGUCCAAGGAUGGCAAACGAUGCACGAGCUGUGGGCUGCUGCCGCCGAAGUGGGUAUCGCCAUCUUCCUCCUCCAGAAGCAGCUCGGAGUCGCUUGUGUUGUUCCAAUCGCCGUGUCAAUUCUUUCACUCUUCGGCUCGGUGAUUGCAAUGAACUUCGUCAUGGCUCACCAGGCUUCCUGGUUAGAGGCCAUCGAGAGGCGUAUCUCUGCGACCAGCGUGAUGCUGAGUUCAAUGAAGGGGGUGAAGAUGUGCGGUUUGAAGGAAGUUCUCCUGACGAAUCUCCACAAUCUGAGACUCGAAGAGUUGAACAUCUCCAAGAAGUUCCGUAAGCUUCUGAUCUGGAAUAUGGGUUUCGCAUUUGUGUCUCAAAUCUUUGGACCGAUCAUCACUUUUGCCGUGUUUGCUGCUAUCAACAAGAAUGGAGGUGGCAACGCCAUUCUGGACAUCAGCCGUGUGUUCACCUCCCUGUCUCUCUUUGCGCUGCUGUCGGAGCCCCUGCAGGCCUUGAUUAUGUCCCUGGUGACAUUCCUGGGUUCCGUCGGAUGCUUCACCCGUAUUCAGGAGUUCCUUGACAAGCCAUCCCGCGUUGAUUCCAGACGCCAGCCAGAGCAGCGGAUUACCAACCUCUUCAACCUUAGCCAGCAGACCCUGGCUCUCUCUGAUAAAGAUGCCUCCAAGACCGGUGAGAAGGUCAACCGCAGCUCCGCCAGCCCAACCAUCAGGUCAACAAAGUCCGGCGGUUCCUUCCCACUCAAGGGAUUGACCCAUUCCAACCCAGAAGUCGACGCUGUUGCUAUUCGUGAUGGCUGCUUUGCAUGGGAGAACGAGAAGGGCGCCGUCCUCAAGUCCAUCAACAUCAACAUCCCUCGCUCCAAGACUACUGUCAUCGUCGGUCCUGUUGGCUGCGGCAAGUCGACUCUCCUCAAGGCUAUCCUUGGUGAAGUCGUCUGUCUCGGCGGCGUGGUUGAGAUUGCCUCCAGGAACAUUGCCUUCUGCGACCAGACCGCCUGGCACAUGAACGAGUCUAUCAAGGACAGCAUUGUCUCUGUGCUGGACUUUGAUGAGAAAUGGUAUGCCACUGUCGUCCGCGCCUGUGGUCUGGCGCAGGAUCUUCGCCAGCUCCCUCGUGGUGACCAGACCAUCGUGGGCAGCAAGGGUAUCGCUCUGAGUGGUGGCCAGAGCCAGCGUAUUGCCCUCGCCCGUGCCAUCUAUGCUCAAAAGGAUGUCCUUAUCCUCGACGAUGUUCUCAGUGGAAUCGACGCUGCAACUGAAAACCACAUCUUCCACAGCCUUCUCGGAGAAGAGGGACUGCUUCGUCGACUGGGGACCACCGUCAUCAUCACCUCCUCUUCGCGUAAGUUGAAACCCGAUGCCGUAACAAUAGGCGAGAUCAUUCCAGCUAAUAAUAAACGUGCAGCCAAACGUAUUCCUUAUGCCGACCAUAUCAUUGCCCUCAGCUCUGAUGGCCGUGUCGACGAGCAAGGUAAAUUCGAGGAGCUCAACGUAUCCGGCGGAUAUGUCUCGAGCUUCAACCUUCCCUCGCCCGACUGGCUGUUCAAGCCUGAACCAGAACGACCCCUCCCUGCUCCGGCUGUUAUCGAUGAGACUCCCCAGACGUCGGACGAGCUCGAGGCUGCGGCUAACCGACGAAUGGGCGACAUGGCCAUCUACCUGUACUAUGCCCGGUCGAUUGGCUGGCCAACCACCAUCGUCUUCAUGUUCUUCAUCAGCGCUUUUGUCUUCUGCAUUUCCUUCCCUACCAUCUGGUUGAAAUGGUGGGCUGCAUCCAACAUCGAGGCUCCGUACGAAAAGCUCGGCUACUACCUGGGUAUCUAUGUCAUGCUUGGUGUUCUUGCCAUCAUCUCUCUCAUACUCGGGUCAUGGCAAAUGAUCAUCACCAUGGUUCCAAAAUCCGGCGAGGCCUUUCAUUAUACUCUGCUCAAGACUGUCCUGUCUGCUCCUCUGUCAUUCUUCUCUACCACUGACCAAGGUGUGACCAUGAACCGAUUCUCUCAGGAUCUUCAGCUCAUCGAUAUGGAGCUCCCCGUUGCUGCACUCAACACCUUUGCAACCUUUGUUUUGUGUUUCGCCCAGAUGGUGAUCAUCGGCGUCGCUUCGGUGUAUGCUGCCAUCGCUUUCCCACUUAUCAUCGGUACUCUGUACAUGAUCCAGAAGUACUACCUUCGUACAUCUCGCCAGCUCCGAUUCAUGGACCUCGAGGCCAAGGCACCGCUAUACUCUCAGUUCACCGAGUGUCUCAACGGUCUGGCCACCAUCCGUGCCUUUGGAUGGCAGGAAGCCCUUGAGAAGAAGAACCGCAAGCUGCUCGACCGUUCCCAGAAGCCAUUCUACCUCCUUUUCUCCGCCCAGCGAUGGCUGACUUUGGUCCUUGAUAUGGUUGUUGCCGGUAUCGCCGUGUUGUUGAUCGUCCUGGUCAUCAAACUCCGAGGCACUAUUAGCGGUGGAUAUGCUGGUGUUGCUCUGCUUAAUGUUAUCCAGUUCAGUCAGUCGAUCAAGCUGCUCAUCACCUUCUGGACCACUCUCGAGACGCACAUUGGAGCCAUUGCUCGCAUCAAGGUGUUCAACGAGACUGCCCAACCUGAGGAUAAGGAGGGCGAAAACACUCAACCACCAGACAACUGGCCUGCUCAGGGAGGCAUUGAGUUUAAGUCUGUCUCCGCUGAGUACCGGCCGGGAGAACCCAUCCUAAAGAAUGUGACCCUUACCGUCGCCCCGGGAGAGAAAUUGGGCAUCUGUGGACGAACUGGAAGUGGAAAGAGUUCUCUCAUCCUAACGAUAUUCCGCAUGCUCGAGUUGAGCGGCGGCAGCAUCUCGAUCGACGGCAUUGAUCUCAGCACUCUGCCUCGCUCCGAGAUCCGGUCCCGUAUCACUGGUGUAUCCCAGGACGCCCUCAUCCUAAAGGGCUCACUGCGCCUCAAUGUCGAUCCAACUGGCGUCCUCGGUGACGACGCAAUGAUCUCAGCCCUAAAGAGCGUCCAGCUAUGGAACAUUGUCAACGAGAAGGGCGGCCUUGACGUUGACAUUGAUGAGAUUCAUCUCUCGCACGGCCAGAAACAACUUCUCUGCCUUGCCCGAGCGAUCCUUCGACCCAGCACAAUCCUUAUUCUCGACGAAGCCACAAGCAACGUCGACAACAAGACCGAUGAGAUCAUGCAGCGAGUCAUUCGAGAGAAGCUGUCGUCUCGCACCAUCAUCGCAGUCGCCCACAAGCUGGACACCAUCCUCGACUUUGACCGGGUAGCCCUGCUGGACGGCGGCGAGCUGCUCGAGUAUGAUGACCCAUAUACCCUACUGUCUACCGACUCGUCUUUCAGCCGCCUGUACGCCAGCACCAUGGCCGAGACGCCCGAGGACGUGGAAGUCAUCAGUGUCUCGGACGAAAUGAUCAGCACACCGGGUACUGGACGCAACACACAUAAUCGCCCUUCUUCUUUCUUCUUCUUCUUCUUCUCCCCCUUCUACUUCUGCUCUUCUUUUCUUCUUCUUUUCCUUUUUCACCAUCAUUUUGACGUUCAUUUCUUAAAAAAUAUCUUCCUUGGGUAUAUAUACAUAGAUCGCCAUGGCCCUGAUCUAAGUAGCAAGGAGCUACUCCGUACUGCUUGUCAGCUUUUACAUAUUUUGUUCACUUCUCUUCUGCUUGACCUGGCGUUUGGCGGGUAUCAUUGGUUGGCUGGCUAUCAUCUUCAUUAUUCUUCUUUUUUACUCUUUCUACAUACCUGUUUCCUCCUGCCUUUACUCUCCUACAGAGACAAUUCUGUUUAUUGUCUAAUAAAUUGGCAUAUACUUCGUCUCUAUAUAUACAUAACUCGUUACCUCUUUUAA